AUGAUAGUGAUAUUUCUUAUAUUAGCUGGAAUAACUGCUGUUGAAGGUCAAGAUAAUUUCUACUUUAGUUUAUCACCAAGAGAUCUAGAUGUGGUGGAAGGAACAGAAAUCAAACUAUUAUGUGAUGUGUCAGACAGACGCCAUGUUGUUUUUCAAUGGACACAAUCUGGCAACCUCUUACCUAACACAAGCAGACGGUUUCAAGAGGGAAGUCAUUUAAGGAUAUUACGUGUGUUACGUGGUGAAGAUGAAGGACCCUAUCAGUGUAUAGCUACCAACGUGACCACUGGUUUUUCCCUCCAGAGUUCAGAGUCCAUGCUCAAUAUACAAUGUAAGUCUUUUUAUUUUCUACAACAUAAUAUAUUUAACACAACACAAUAA